AUGCACGGUGUUUGGCGUUGGCUGUGCGCAUGUGUGCUAGCAUGGACCCUAGUCACACAUGCAGCCAUACCCGAGGUCAAAGUGACCCACUUUCCUAAUAUGGCCGCUCAGAUCCAAUACUUUGAAGAUUCGUCCGUGGUUAUAUGGCACGAUGCGGUGGAUGGUAUCGUGUACCGAAGUGCGGAUGAAGGCAAGUCGUGGGCCCCAAUUAAGGGGCCUGUACAGGGUGAGGCGCACCUUUUCGUGCUCCAUCCCUACGACAAGACUCAAGCGUAUAUUCUGACGCGCAGCAAUCAGCAUUGGCGCACGUCGAACCGUGGCGAGACGUGGCAGUCAUUCUCAACGCCUCAUCCGCCUACGACCUUGAAAGCUAUGCCUCUGGACUUUCAUCCGACGCAUCAUGACUGGAUCCUUUUCACGGGCCAGGCUUGCACGGUGAACUUGUUCCGCAAGGUGUGUCAUGACGUGGCCUACUACACGACGGAUGGAUUUAUCUCGGACGCUCAUCCGCUACUAGAUCGCGUUGAGCAAUGCCACUGGGCCAAAAUGACGCCGCAGGUCGCUGUACCUGAGGCGCUUACACAACGCGUCCUGUGCCUGGCAUGGGACGUUUCUAUGAGUCGUAAGCGGCGCGACACGACGCAGCUCAAGAUGUUUGUGAGCGACGACUUGUUCCAGACGCGGCAGGCCGUGGUGUUGGAGGACCUGCCCAACCCACGUGGCUUUGUGAAUAUGGGCAGGUCGGAUCAGUUUUUGAUCGCGGCCGUGCAAAGUGACGAUGACGAGCUGCGUCUCUACGUGAGUCUUGACGCGGAAACGUGGACGCGUGCGCGCUUCCCACAUGUGGUUUUGUCUCACGAGAAUGCGUACACGAUUCUUGAGGGGCCCAAGUACCACCUCGCGGUGGACGUGUAUGACCAUGCGAGUCGUCUGGAUGGCCUCUUUAUCAGUGACAGCACUGGUACGAAUUUCUCGCUGAGUAUCGCGGAUACGGUGCGAGGCGCGGAUGGUAUCAUUGACUAUGAGCACAUGACGCAUAUGGAAGGCGUGGCGAUCGUGAAUGUCCAUGCUACCGGCUCGCCGGCCCGUGUCCAGACACGUAUUACCCACGAUGAAGGGGCGUCGUGGACCGACAUUCCGGCGCCGACGCAGGAUCUAGAUGGCAAAAAGACGUCCUGCGACCGUCCUGGAUGCUCGCUACACCUGCAUGCCGUCCUUGCUAUCCGUAAUUUGGGGCACGUAUUUGCCUCGACAGCGCCCGGGAUUAUGAUGGGGGUCGGAUCGAUGGGUGACCGACUUCGUCCGUACGGUGAGUGCGAUACGUUUAUUAGCACGGAUGCCGGCCUUUCGUGGCGCAUGGUGGCGCGCGGACCGCACAAGCAUGUGUUUGCGGAUCAGGGCGGCCUGCUUGUCAUGGCCGCGGAUGCACCGAGCAUCGAUGUCGUGCAGUACUCGUUUGACUACGGCACCACAUGGACCACACUGGCGCUGCCCGAGGCUAUCGAGCCUGUUGUGCUCACGUCUGUGCCGGAUGGGACGGCCCUCAAAAUCCUCCUUCUGGGCGGCCGCCGUGCCAAGACGGCCCACGAGCGCUACGCGAGCAUGUUUAUCGACUUUGCGGUUCUGUCCAAGCGCAAGUGCGCCCAGGCGGACUUUGAGCGCUUUUACCCUGCGACGCCUCAUGGAUCGUGCGUGUUUGGACGCCGGCAGUGGUAUCUGCGCCGCAAGGCCCAGGCUGACUGCUUCGUGCGCGACAAGUUCCACGAGCCCCAAGGCCACGACGAAGCGUGUGCCUGCACGCCGGCCGAUUACGAGUGUGACAUGGGCUUUGUGCGCAGUGCGAACGGGACGUGCCAGCCGACGAUGCCUGUGCCCGCUCCGCCCGGCGCGUGCACGGGCAACGCCCUCACCUUCCGCGGCCCGUCCGGCUACCGCAAGGUGCCGGGCAACACGUGUGUGCCUCCGUCCGUGCCGCUGGAUGCGCCGGUUCGACGGCCGUGCAGUGAGAUGGCUCCAGCGACGGGCUCCGUGCGGCACGCUGCGUUCACGUUCCCCGCGUCCAUCGCGCAGGUGCUGCAUUUUGCGUCGUCGCCCCGCAUUCUCGUGCGCCUGACCAACGGCCAAGUGUUUCAGUCCGCGGACGACGGCAGUACGUGGCAUACGCUGCCGCUCCGCGUCCAUCAUCAUCCACCGAGUACGGCGCUGCGUAUCGUGCAGCACCCGUACGAUGCACAGCGUGCGUUUGUGAUCACGCAGGGCACACAUGUGCACUAUACCAUGGACGGUGGGCGGUCGUGGAAGUGGUUUUCUGUGCCGCUGCUGGCGAAUGGGGCGGGUGUCGAGCCCAUGCAGUUCCAUCCACGGCAUCCGUCGUGGGUGCUGUGGAUCGGAAGUCCCGACUGCUUCAAGUAUGCCUGCACGACAGAGCUGUGGUAUGCCACCGUCGAGGGCUACGCCAAGUGGUCGCGUGUCGCGACGCACGUCCGCAAGUGCGCGUUUGUCGAGACGCGCGACUUUCCCGCGGAGGACGAGCGAGCGAUUGUGUGUGAGAAGCCGCAGAAGCAGGGCUUUGACAUUGUCGUGGGCGACGCAUUUUUCACGCGGCGGCAGCGCACGGUGAUGCGUGGUGUGCUGGGCUUCUCCGUGUUCUCGCAGUACAUGAUCGUGGCGCAGCCCGUUGGCAUGUCGCUGCACAUGUACGUAUCGAUGGAUGCGCGCACGUUCGCACCUAUCAGUCUGCCGCACUCGUUGCGGCUGGAUCACUCGGCGUACACGGUCCUGGACUCGGUGACGCGCGCUGUGUUCCUGCAUGUCACGACGCAGGCAGCGCAGUGGGGCGACAUUAUCAAAAGCAACUCAAACGGCACCUACUUUGCCUCUUCGCUGGGGAGGGUGAACCGCGACGCGCAUGGCUUUGUCGACUUUGAAAAGAUGCAAGGCCUCGAUGGCAUCGCGCUCGCCAAUCUCGUGUCGAAUACGCACGAGGCGAGCCUCAGCGGCCGCAAGGCGCUGCGUACGGUCAUUACGCACAACGAUGGUAGCCUGUGGAAGUCCAUUCCCGCGCCGCCCGUCGACUCGUCCGGCCGCGCAUACGAGUGCCAACACGUCGGCUGCAACUUGCAUUUGCACAAUCUGCUCGAGCGCCCUGAUCAUCUGCUCAAGCCCACGAGCCCCUCGGCGACGGGCAUGAUGCUCGCGACAGGCAAUGUCGGUCUAGCUCUGAAGCCGUACAGCGAGUGCGAUACCUUUUUCACGCGUGAUGGCGGCUUUACGUGGCAGGAAAUGCACCGCGGCACGCACAAGUGGGAGUUUGGCGACCACGGCGCGAUCAUCCUGCUGGCAGACGACACACGCCUCACCGACACGGUGCGCUAUACCCUCGACCAGGGCCUGUCGUGGAACACGUACCGAUUCGCUCCCGCGAUGCGCAUUCAGACGAUCGACACCGUGCCCGAGGACACCAAGCGGCAGUUUGUGAUGCUCGGCGAGACGGCUGACGCCCGUGCGACGGCCGUGUUCCUCGACUUCUCCCACGUGCUGACACGCCCAUGUGUGUGGGAUGCGCACCACGACGACCGCAGUGAUUUUGAGCGCUGGAGCCCGAGUCAGCAACGUGCCGAGGCAUGCCUGUUUGGCCAGCAGACGUGGCUCUGGCGCCGGAAACGCGAUCGCAUCUGCUACGUCGGCGAGCACAUGCCACAGCGCAGUGUGGAAAAGACGCCCUGUGCGUGCUCGCUUGCGGCCGACUUUGAGUGCGAGUUCAACCACUAUCGCGAUGUGUCUGACGGUACCUGUAUGCCGUAUCCCGGCGCACAGCUCUUGCCCGACGACCCGGACACGCAAUGCGCGCGCGAUGCGCCGGACUACGAUGGGUUCUGGUAUGAGCGCACCAACAUGCGCAAAAUUCCCCUCUCGCAGUGCCGUGGGGGCGAGCGCCCCGAUCGCGGCCGCAGGCAUCGCUGCCGCUCGUCGUGGCGCAUCUCUUCGGUGAUCUGGUGGCUGUUUGCGUGGCUGUGCCUAGGCGGCAUGGGCUACGUGGCCUGCAUGUGGAUGGCGGCGCGGCGCGUGCAUGCCACCAGCCCCAUCUCGCUCGGCGAUGCGGAACCGUUCCUCCGCGAUACCUACGCACAUCUCCAAAACGUCGCUCAACAUGGGCGGCAUCUCGUGCACAUCGCGUGGGCGAACGUGAUGGCGAUCCUGCACGACCUGCCCAUCACGCGCGACAUCCUACGCCGCUACGAGCGCCCCUUCUCCCAAUACCACAUGCUAUCAACGGACGAGGACGCCGAAAUCCUGCGCGAUGAUGACGACAUGGCAUCGUAG